ACUUCACACGUGUGACCCGUGGUAUGUCAUUUCCGGCACGCGGCCUGCGCGUCGCACUGUGGGAGUUGUGUCUGUUUGAAGUCAUGGCGGACGCCUUUGGAGAAGAUUUGUUCAGCGUGUUUGAUGAAGAACAGGCCGGUUCUAGCAAAAAAGCCACUCCAAAGUCCGCAGCUCAGGCAGGAAAGACUCCUGAUAAAGGCGGUAAACAGCAGAGCGAUUCAGCAGCUGUGCACAAAAGAGAUGCUGACAAUGACGGGCCAGAUGAGGAGGUGCUCGGGAAGAGACAGAAGCUGGAAACAGUGUCAGCUGAGGAGAUCAAUCUGUCAGAGCUCAUGCCUAAAGUCAAGGCGGAGCAGGUGGAGACAGUGGAGGGCUGCACUCAUGAGGUGGUUCUUCCUGCAGACGAGGAAUACACUCCACUGAAACCACGCGUUGGAAAAGCAACUAAGGAGUACCCCUUCAUACUCGACCCUUUCCAGCGUGAGGCCAUCCUGUGCAUCGAUAACAACCAGUCUGUGCUUGUGUCGGCCCACACAUCGGCAGGAAAGACCGUGUGUGCGGAGUAUGCCAUUGCUCUGGCUCUCCGAGAAAAGCAGCGCGUGAUCUUCACCAGCCCCAUCAAAGCUCUGAGCAAUCAGAAGUACAGAGAGAUGUACGAAGAGUUCCAGGAUGUGGGUCUGAUGACCGGUGACGUCACCAUUAACCCCACGGCUUCCUGCCUGGUUAUGACCACCGAGAUUUUGAGGAGCAUGCUGUACAGAGGGUCAGAGGUUAUGAGGGAGGUGGCGUGGGUCAUCUUUGAUGAGAUCCAUUACAUGAGAGACUCGGAGCGUGGAGUGGUCUGGGAGGAAACCAUCAUCCUUCUGCCGGACAACGUGCAUCAUGUCUUCCUGUCCGCCACCAUUCCCAACGCUCGACAGUUUGCCGAGUGGAUUUGUCACCUUCACAAACAGCCCUGUCACGUGGUGUACACAGACUACCGCCCCACUCCACUGCAGCACUACGUCUUUCCAGCAGGGGGCGAUGGACUCCACCUUGUUGUGGAUGAGAACGGAGAGUUCAGAGAAGACAAUUUUAACACAGCAAUGCAGGUCCUGAGGGAUGCAGGGGACACGGGAGGCAAUGCUGGGGGCAAAUGGGACCCCAAAGGCAGAAAGGGUGGAACCAAAGGUCCAUCCAAUGUCUUUAAGAUUGUGAAGAUGAUCAUGGAAAGGAACUUCCAGCCGGUGAUUAUCUUUAGCUUCAGUAAGAAAGAAUGUGAGGCCUACGCACUGCAGGUGGCCAAACUGGAUUUCAACACAGACGACGAGAAGAAACUGGUGGAAGAAGUGUUCAACAACGCCACAGACUGCCUGUCUGAUGAAGACAAAAAGCUGCCACAGGUGGAGCAUGUUCUGCCGUUGCUGAAGAGAGGAAUUGGAAUUCAUCAUGGCGGCCUCCUCCCGAUCCUGAAAGAGACAAUUGAGAUCCUGUUCUCUGAGGGGCUGCUAAAGGCCUUGUUUGCUACAGAAACAUUUGCCAUGGGAAUCAACAUGCCUGCAAGAACCGUGCUCUUCACCAGUGCGCGCAAAUUUGACGGCAAAGACUUCCGCUGGAUCACCUCUGGAGAAUAUAUCCAGAUGUCAGGACGUGCUGGCAGAAGAGGAAUGGACGAGAGGGGAAUAGUCAUUUUCAUGGUGGAUGAGAAGAUGAGCCCUGCGGUGGGCAAACAGUUACUGAAGGGUUCGGCGGAUCCUCUGAACAGUGCGUUCCACUUGACCUACAACAUGGUGCUCAAUCUACUGCGUGUGGAGGAGAUCAACCCAGAGUACAUGCUGGAGAAAUCCUUCUACCAGUUCCAGCACUAUAGAGCCGUGCCUGGUGUUGUGGAGAAGAUGAAAAAGCUGGAGGAGGGGUAUAAUGCAAUACGAAUCCCUAAUGAAGAGAGCGUGGUGACCUACUACAAGAUCCGUCAGCAGCUGGCCAAACUGGGCAAAGAAAUUGAGGAAUUUAUUCACAAACCUAGAUACUGCCUGCCUUUCCUACAGCCGGGCAGACUGGUCAGGGUGAAAAAAGAAGAUCUGGAUUUCGGUUGGGGUAUAGUCGUCAAUUUCCAAAAGAAGACAAAUGUCAAGGCUGCAGUUGGGGAUGCUGAGCCGUUAUUUGUGGUGGAGGUUCUGCUCCACUGCAGCAAAGACAGCGUGAAGAACGCGGCCACGGAUGCAAGGAUACGCGAAAGAGGAAUCAAUUCUGUGUAUGCGCAUUGUCUGAAAUGCGACUCUCUGUGCGCGCAGCUCCGAAUGUGCGUGAAUGGAUUAAAACACUUAAAUAAACACAUGACUGCUUCUGGUUGUGGUUUCCAGGAGGUCCAGAAACGUUUCCCAGAUGGCAUUCCUCUGCUAGAUCCCAUAGACGACAUGGGUAUCAAGGAUCCAGCGCUGAAGAAGGUCAUUCAGAAGGUGGAGGCGUUCGAGCACAGGAUGUACACGCACCCCCUGCACAGUGACCCCAACCUGGAGGCCGUUUACACUCUGUGUGAGAAGAAAGCGCUGAUUGCAGGCGACAUUAAAGCGGCGAAGCGUGAGCUAAAGAAAGCACGUACCGUGCUGCAGAUGGACGAGCUGAAGUGCAGGAAGCGUGUGCUGCGGCGCCUGGGAUUCGCCACUUCCUCUGAUGUCAUCGAGAUGAAAGGCCGUGUGGCCUGUGAGAUCAGCAGUGCAGAUGAGCUGUUGCUGACAGAGAUGGUGUUUAACGGGCUGUUCAACGACCUGACGGCGGAGCAGGCCACUGCGCUCCUCAGCUGCUUUGUCUUCCAGGAAAACGCUAACGAGAUGCCCAAACUGACGGAGCAGCUGGCCGGACCGCUUCGACAGAUGCAGGAAUGUGCCAAGCGUAUUGCUAAGGUGUCCGCAGAGGCCAAGCUGGAAGUGGAUGAGGACACUUACCUGAACCAGUUCCGCCCGCACCUGAUGGAUGUGGUCUACACCUGGGCCAACGGCUCCUCAUUCUCUCAGAUAUGCAAAAUGACAGAUGUGUUUGAAGGCAGUAUUAUCCGCUGUAUGCGCAGAUUGGAGGAGCUCUUGAGGCAGAUGUGCCAGGCAGCCAAGGCCAUUGGAAACACGGAGCUGGAGAAUAAGUUUGCCACUGGUAUAACGAAGAUUAAGAGGGAUAUCGUGUUUGCUGCCAGUCUUUACCUGUGAAUCCUGAGGGUUAUGUUUUUCUGUGUUUGCUACUUUUUUUUCUACUUUUUUUUUUUUCAUUUUGCAUCAAAACAGUGAAGGACAGAAUUUACA